AUGCGAUCUUUGGAAGACCAGUGCUCUCCCUCCCUGGCCGACAUUGCGAUCAAAAGCAUUCUUGAUACAAAUCCAGUCCUGAAAUUUGCUAUGACUGGAUUCCUAGAUGUCUCGGAUACCACUGGGGAUGUAUUCUACGAUGUGGGACCCCUCAAAGCGUCUGACCGAUUGAAAAGCCUCCAGUGCUAUGCGAAAGAACCAGUGAAUGAAGGCAGACCCAUCUGGCUGUUAAACAUAACCGAGGUUUGGACGGAAGAGCCUAGCGGUUACAUUUUGCCCUAUGACCCGGAGCUGAGAAAAGAUGUGGCCGGUAAACAGAACAAGUUCGUAGUCGAUUUGAUGGCCCAACCUGGCGUAAUGUACAAUAUGGACACAAAAGAGGCAUUUCAAUAUUGCAGUAUUUGA